AUGGGCGGCUCGAACAUGUACUGCACCAUCUGCGGCGGCCCAACGUGUCAGAACUUGACCUACGAAGAGGAAGAAUUCAACGAUUUUGUGACGUUCGACGAGCUGCCCGGGGUCAUAUACGACGACGCGCUCUGGCUCAGCCACUCAUCGGUGGUGAUCUACGCGGAUUGUCUCAGUCCUCCGGGAGAGUACGACUGGGGCGCGUACUGCGUCCGUGCGGCGAGCGGAGACGAGGAAAGCGACGACGACGUGCCCAUGGCGGAUGUCGCCAAAAUGGAUCCCGUCCACAGGCCGGUGGAUACGAAGUCGCCCCUUGGGCCGGGGAGGUACAAUUGCGACAACACAGACGAACCUCUCGCUCACGAGCUGUGCAUACGUCUCGCAGCGUGCUGGGCAAAAGAAGCGCAUCCAGACGCGUUCCCCGGGAAGGGGAAGGCGGAUCCAGCCAAAUAUCUAUGGGACGACCAAGGCCCUGUAUGUCACUGGGCCUGCCAGGCCGAAAUUCACCCGAACGACGAUGAUCACGACACGAAGGCGUAUCUGGCCCAAUCCAAGGUCGCCAGAAAAGCCGCGGGUAAUCCGAGCCAAGUCGACAUCUGGAGGAAUUGGUCCCGGUCGUUCAAGUACGGCUACGAAAUGGAAGACGAACAGGGAUGGAAGUGGCUCGACGCGUGCGGGCAGGAGUACGAGCACGAGACCGCAUUCGGGGUCGUGCAUCUCAAGCGCCCCGAUUGCUUCCCCGCUGUGCACGACCUCCCCCUAGACACGCCCGGUAUAUCCCCCACCUCCUUAUUCCCGUCGUCCUCCCACUUUCCCGCGGACGUCGUGCUGAGUAUCGUUGCGGACCUCGAUGGCCCGGGGUUACGUGCGCUCGAGCGCACGUCCCGGGCCUGGCGCGACUUCCUGCGCUGCCAGCUCGCGCAGCGCCACAUCUGGCUACCGCGCGUGAAGGAGUUCCAUUACGCACCGACGGACGCGGACUGGACGAGCAGCGCGGACGUUGUGAGGCAGGCGAUGGGGUCUCCGGAGCGCAGGGCGGCGGUUGACUGGAGGAGGUACUACAACGACUGCAGACAGAGCUCGAACAUGAAGAAUCGAGCAAGGGUAUGGGACUCGGUAUGGCAGAUCAGCCACUGGCUGGAUCACUGUGGGUGCAGCAAAAGGUCGGACGACGGCGCCGUGAAUGUGAUGUGCUUCGGAUCGAAGGACUGUUCCAGCCUCUACGCCUUCAUCGGGUCAUUGGGUUGCUUAUGCGGGUCGUGGCGAUUGAUGGAGGAUCUCCGACAAGGCACGGUUAGCGUCAAGUCGGCACCGGGGGAGUGA